ACAUCGUCGCAACUAUUUUCAUUGCAUCAGAAUCUUUGCUAGAAUGUUGGAAACCAGAGUAGAAAACUACACAACUAUGCCUAUGAUUUGUUAACUCUUAAUUUAUUAGCUAACUUCUAUGUUCAGCCAUGAGCCUCCAUGGUUCCGUCUGUUCUGCGGCAUAAAUCAAUCUGCAUAAUGGGUGCACUGCAAAGUUAUGCCUUCAAUUUACUAGUUGUGGUGUGAAAAUGUUAUAAGCACACAACACCCACCACCAAUAGGUCUAUUAUUUGACUGAUAGAAACAAUAGCACGAUGAGCAAAAGGCGAGUAUCUCUGUCAAGAAGGCAUCUGCAGAAACAGAGUUAUUCGGACGAUAUUCAACAGGAGCUCCUUCUACCUGACGCAGUGCAUCCAGACGCUUACCACAGCUCCAGCUCGACGUUGGGACGGUCCAACGAUGCAUUACUUGAACUCGACAAACUCGGAAUGCCGAGGGUAUCCAGCCUCAGCGAGUCUCUCGACAAACUCGAUCACGAAGAAUCGACAGAUGAUGACGGGGUGUACCUGGCAUCGCCUUCACCAUAUGGGGCGACGACAUCGGAGGAAAGCUCGUCGUUACAUGAGGCUGGACUUCUUUACGAACUUCCUUUGGCAGGUUAUGUUGUGCCUGUACAAAGGCGAUGUCGAUCGUCGAACGCCGGCAGCGAUGGUAGCUUUGAUACGAGCUCUCGACAAAUAUACUUUUCCGUCAAAAAUUCCAACGCAAGCACCCCUCUCUCGUCUUCUAGCACUAUAUCGUUGUCCAGUGAAGUGAACGUUUUUCAGCAUUAUUCCGAUGUCGUAUAUCCCGAUCAGCUCUAUUCAAAUGCAAGUGUAGGCGUCCCGCUGAUGAAGAAUAACUUCGAGGUUAGAUCAUUGAGUCGAAAUGGCAGCUCUGGAGAGAGUGGGCGCGACACUGAAGGAACUGUUAGAGCAGCAAGUGAUAAUGACGACAUAGUCUCUGACCAACACGAACCUAACAUGAAGUUUGAAACUAGUCGAGAUCUUCUCGAGAGUGGAUUUACUGAGGAUUUUAAUCCCAGUGUUCCGUCAGUAUAUGAAGAGGAGGCCAUCAUCAAUAUAGAACGAAGUAUUUAUCAAGACAGCGAUAGUGAUCCUGACGACAAUCUUUCGGCACGCAGUAGAUCUCGAGGGGGAUAUACUGAUCAAGAAAGCUGUGUGUCAUUCUCUACGAACUACCCUGAAUCUCAGUAUCAGUACGGGAACCUAACCAAAUUUUCCGAGAGCAGCUACUCGUCUGACUUGCCUUUCCAAAGAGAUGAGCACGGGCCGAAAAAAUCUAACCUUGUCAGACGGCCUCAUGUAAAGGCUGCUGAGUCUCCACUUCUUAAAAGAAAAGGGAGUAAUAAAGCAAUUAGUGAACAUGACAACCUUGAUAAAUCUAAUAUGAAAACAAACAAGAAAACGAAUCACGAAUAUUUGCGCCCUGGAGAAAUGGAGUUGGAGCUAGAGCGGCCACAAAGAGACAAUGUUGUUCUUAUGGAAAAUAAAAUUGCGGAUGCUAAUGAUUCUGAAGAUAGGCUGCAAUAUUUUGAAACCGAAAACGAAAAUGGAAUUAGUGAACAUGAAAGGGAGAAAACUUCCUUAGAGUUUAUGGAAAAUUUUGAAAAAUGCGAAGCCGAAGUGUGGGGUACUGAUGACUUACGUGGGCUCAGCGCUGAUACCGAAGUUAUCGAUACCGAUACAGAAUACUGUAACAUUAUGGAAAAAACGAUGAACCUUGAAGUGACCAAAACGAAGUGGGCCAAAACAAAAGAGCAGAUUUUAAAACUCUUGAAGGAGAGAUUGUUGAUUCUAAAGAAAAUAAUUCAAGAUAAAAAUUCGCAAAUUCGGCAGUUGAAAACACGACUGAAGAUAGAACAGCAAAAUUCCCAGGCUAUGGCUGAAAAACUGAAGGAGCGUGAGCGCCCCGCGUUGCCGUCCACGGUGACGGCGGAGGUAGCGGUGCUAAAGAGGCAGCUGACUACCCUGCGGCAGGAGAAGGCAAAGCUUCGGCAGGAGCUCAUGCAGAAGGAAGUUAAAUUAAAGGAAGCAAGUAAAGAGAUCAUCAACAAAACGAGGCAGGAGGAACGGUGGAAGAAGACGCAACUGCAGGAGAGGAGGAGAGAGUCGGCGAGAGAGACCAAGACCAUUGCUGAGCUCAGGAAGACCUUGAAGCACAUGGAAAAGGAGUGUGGCCAGCAACAGAAAGCGAUACACAAACUGGAGAACGAGAAGAUUUACUUGGGUGAACGUCUUUACAAGAUCACCGGUGUUGAGGAAAGCUUCUGGUCGGAUCAUCGGCCGCCCCGAGCACCGUUGACCCCGAAGGAGGUGACGCUGGUGCGCCAGAAGACGAGCUUGUCGUGCCGCGUAUCUCAGCUACAGACGCAGUGUCGGGACCUCGACGAUCAGAACACCGCGCUUCGCAAGAUGGAGCUGAGCUGUGAACGUUCGGUGGACCGCACCCGACAACAGGAGUUGCUGAAGCUCAAAAGGAAGAACACAGAGCUCGCCUCCAUGACCAAACAACUCGAAGACAAAGUUCGCAAUCUCGAAAAGAAAAGUCAGCUAUUGCCGACUGUGGAUACGAACGGCGUAGCGAAGGGCCAGAGGUGGGGUGCUAGCGGCCCUCGGAAGCAGCAGUCUGAGGAAGCCUUCAGCCAACAGCUGCAGAAGCGCGACGCUGAGAUAGAGAGACUCAAGCUCAGGAUGAAGGAGCUUGUCUAUAAGCUUACCAGCAAAAAUGGAAAGAUCAGCCAGGCUCAGAGCAAUCUGGAACUGGAGCACAUCAUCAGGACGGUGACGCGGGAACGCCUGCAGCUCGAGCGGCAGGUCGCUGCUGUUGCCGAGGGUCAACAACGUCAAAACGGUGCUGGGUCCAACGGCUCGUAUACUGGGGCCCACGCAGGCAACGGGUGCCACACCCGCCCUCUGGGGGAGUCCGGUGAGGCGGUCCAGUGUGGGGAGUACGGCGGUGUGAGCGAGGAGGGGGAACUGCAAUAUCAACUGCAGGAGCUUGAUCUGCUCACCAGGCAGCACCAUACGCUGCAGAAACACGUCCAGGAGAAAGACUUGGAGUGUGUUACUCUCAAAGACAAACUCAAACUCAAGAACGAGCUUUGUCAAGACCUGCCGGACCUCUUCCCAGAUCUUUAUCAGGAGAGCCAACUCGCCAAGGUGAUCGAGAAGAACACCGAGCUCACUCUUCAGAAUUCCGACUUGCAGAAGCAGAUCCAAAAUCUUCAAAAUGUGAACACGGGCGUGCCUACGAGCUCGGCGGGCUUCACUCAGGGCGAGGGCUGGACAGCAGGACUGUCCACUGGGGCGAGUCUCAACCUCGACAGCCUCUCUAGGUCGUAA